GCAACGCCGUAACGAGGUCCGUGUCGCCCUUGCUAAGGCUUAAAUGGAAUGUGUGGUAUCCGCGUGAAUGUUGUGUACAUUGGGGGAGAAUUGUAUGGAGCGGCAGUGGUCAAUGAUUUGCUUGUAGGGGAGUGAUGUACGGGGGAAAGUUCUAUAGUAUGAUCGUGCCGUUAGACAAGGCAGAGGGUUCACUCCUCCGCUCCUUUAACCAACCUCUUUUGCGGGAGCGUUUUUACAAGUGUUCUCAGCUAGUAAGGGGAGAAAUGGAGUGUUUAUCCAAAAUUGCCUUCCGAAGGUCGGCGUUUCGGUCUCUUUGGCGGGCUGGAAUUCGUGCAGCGCAUUGGAAGGAAUGGAAUGCUUUCCGAGAAUUACUUCGUAGUGGGUUCCGUUUGCCUGAACGGUUUUGGUCGGACGAAUGGAUAGCAAACACAUUGCGUUUCCUUGAAACUGCCGGAACGAAAAAGCAUUCCAUUGAGCAUCGCCUGCUCCGAAAUAUUUGUCGCAUCGAGCACCAUAAAAAGUUCAGACAACCUUACGCGAGUAAUAGUCGGCGGAUAGAGGAACGUCCACUCAUAUACCAUGCGUACGACCAGUACGACAAGGUGGUAUAUCUUGUAUCCCAACGGCACCACAUAUAUUUGCAGCCAGCACAGUUGCCUCGAUUUUGCGAUAGCAUAGACAGCAGCGACUAAUUCAUUCGUAAAUUAACACCAAGACUUCGAGAAGUGUUCAUAUUCAUUCCCGUGUGUGCUGGCCUGAGCAAAUUCAACGAUCAUUUACUGCUUCCAUCAUGUUAGUAUAGGAAGCGAUUGUUUGCCCAAAACACUUUAUCGUACAGGAUCGCCUUGACUGGUUCAGCAUCACGAUAUAGACCAUGUUUCUCUAUGUACUGAAUAACAGAGUUUGGCAAGAGGUAGCGGAUCGACAUUCCACGUCGAAUGAAUAGUCGCACUUUCGUCGAAGAAAUGUCGUUAUAUAUAAGCUGUUUGAUGACGAGAAUGUUCCCCUACACAGAAUAGUUAGCAUAUGAAGCAAGUAUGAGUAGACGACGUAUUAGCACGAGAACAUACGCGAUAAGCAAACAGAAUGUCGUGAGCGAGCAAAAAGGCCCAAACAUCAGUGCCUGUUCGCUCUACAAUGACACAGCCGUAAUUGCCUAAAAUAUGGUGAAGCUAUUACCGCAAGUUAGUUUUGAAUGGAGUGCUGCUAGUACGUACAUCAGUAUCCGCCCACAGGCCUGGUUCACCCAUGCUUUCAAUAAGAUCACCACCGGCCAGGAGCAUGAUCUUGCACUUGCGUUGGGUGCCAUCCUUUAACCGGAUGCCACCAAGCUUUUCAUUAAUUUCCUCAUUAAAAUGAUCAAGUACUCGGGCCGUACAAGUGUACGAGGUUUGUAAGCUUUCCCAUGCAUCAACCAUCAACCAGCUGGAAGUACGUUCACAAGCCAACUCACACAUACGGACGCGAUGGAACGCAGGAGCAAGGCCCGGCUUCUUGUAAUGAUCGUUUACGCUGAAAGGUUAGCAUAUGAAACAUGGAGUUAAUGGCUGAGACUUACGGAGAAAAGUAGCCAGCAACGAGCUCCAUAUUUGUCUGCUCGUGAAUUGUGUCUAAGGCCAUCUCGAACAUGCGGAGGUGCAAGUAUGUGAUAGGGGAGAAGGAACCACAAGCGACCAGAAUGAGUGGUAUCUUUGAUUCGUCGGCCAGCGUCUGACGAAGUCGAUGAGAAGGAAAUACAUAGUCGUUCAGCUGCUGAGCUUGCCGGACAACACCUCGGGGCACCUCCUCAAGAUCUAUAGCAUCUUUAAACGUAUCGGCCAGAUAUUGGCGUGUGAUGCUGGGACCUGUAUGGCUGCUUUGCUGCCAUUUUCGGGUCACACUAGGACGGCGAAGAC